UUGGCUGUCGGCACCGCCUCAAGUGUUGAGGGCCAUAACCCGUCCUUUAGGGUUUUUGACAACAAUGCCAUGUGGACGCACGCAUAGCAAUAUCGGCCCUGAGAAAACUGAUCCACGUACCCUAUUUCAACAACAUUUUGCAACAAACGAAGGCAGAAUGCGUGCUCUACUACACCAACUCACACAAGCCAGGGAAAAUGAACGCACCAGAGGUAACAUGGAAGUGUUUCAUCUCAAGGUCAACUCUGAACCUGAAUGUGCGUAUGAGCUAGCAGUAACUGUCAAGUAUACCAAAGGUCAAACAAAUUGUACUUUACUAUUUACAUAACAUAUACUAGUGCAGUGGUGUGCUAUACGAUAAUGGCUAACGCUACUAUAGUACGAAUUAACUUGAUUACCAGCUGUCUAGCUAGCCAGAUUUCAACUAGUCUGCCGAUCGCAUAGGAAAUAAUGUUAGCGGUGCAUGUGGUUUGGUAGAUUAGUCAAAGGGCUUUUUUAUCAUUCUUAAAAAGUCCCUCAAGAUAUUAAGAAUUUUAGUAUAAAUUUUUGAUACCUUAAGAUACCAUACUUUUUACACUAAAAAUGACGGUACCUUGAGAUACUUUUUUAAGGAUCGUAAAAAAGCUCCUAGUCAAAACAAUUGGUUUUGGUUGUUAAUCGAGUUGCUGUGAAGUGAAGUGAUCGAUGUCUGCAAUUCACAUUGAACAAAAGAAUGAAAACGCGUAUGUAGACUUUCGAUACCUUAUGGCCAGACUUUAAUGAGUUGAGCUGCUAAUUAAUCUUGAUUAGUAGCUGCUAAGUAGAGACAAAAGCAAGUCUGAGAACCAAUGAUAUGGGUGGAUGCAUGUAAUCCAUGCAUCCAGCAGGGCAUUACUUCAUCGUUAAUUAGCAUGUUAGUAUGAUCGAAGAAUCACUAUAUAUACUGAAUUGUAUACACUCCUAUUUUGCUUAGUACUAGUUUAGUAUUAUGUUUGUCGUGAUUAGCAGGCUAGUUGCUGUUGCUGAGCUAUAAAAGAAGAAGCUGUGGCAGCGUGCAGCCUCCCCUCUGAAAGCUUCUCGAUCCUCUGCAUCAUAUCGCCUUCAACUACUAUUCCACUUAACGCCAUGGCCGGGAGCGGGACGCCGUGCGCGUCGUGCAAGCUGCUGCGGCGGCGGUGCACGUCGGAGUGCGUGUUCGCGCCCUACUUCCCAGCGGAGGAGGCGCAGAGGUUCGCGAUGGUGCACCGGGUGUUCGGCGCCAGCAACGUGAGCAAGAUGCUGCAGGAGGUGCCGCCGGCGCAGAGGGCGGACGCCGUCAGCAGCCUCGUCUACGAGGCCAACGCCCGCAUGAGGGACCCCGUCUACGGCUGCGUCGCCGCCAUCUCCUUCCUCCAGCACCAGGUCUCCCACCUCCAGAAGCAGCUCGCCCUCGCCCACGCCCACACCGCCGCGCUGCAACUGCAGCUUCAGCAGCAGCAGCAGCUGCAGCACCAGCUGCAGCAAGAUCAUGAUCAACAUGAGCAUUGCAUCCUGCAAAAUGCUCUUCCCCAGCUGAUGCUGCAGGACGCAUUCCUCAAGAAAGAGUCCAUGUGGACCUAACGAUAUGACUCUUGUUUACGACUGCUAGUAAAUCUCUCUACUUAGAUUUCUAUGAUAUAUAUAAGUAUUGUCUUCUCUUCUGUAAUUUCCGAAAGGAUGGGAAAGUUAAUGAAGAAGAACAAUUUGGUGAA